GAAACAUGAUCCUAAGGAAACCAAAAGCAAACUAGUUCUUCAGAAACAGAACUGAACACUCCUCAUUUUUUUGUGCCUCUCGCACCAACAAAAAUGGCAUCCGGCAGCAGUCCCUUCUCUGAGGAGCAGUUUCUGUGUCCCAUCUGCCUGGAUGUCUUCACUCGCCCAGUUUCCACUCCAUGUGGACACAACUUCUGCAUGUCCUGUAUCACAUCAUACUGGAACGAUGCUCCAGUCUGCCAGUGUCCCAUCUGUAAGGAACAUUUUCAAAGAAUACCUGACCUCAAGGUCAACACUUUCAUUUCAGAGCUCGCAUCAAACUUCUUGUCACUUCAAAUUAGAGACGUUCACACCCAACCACAGCAGGCCAGCACUCGAGCUGUGGUGCCAUGUGACAUCUGUACCGACACACCAAAAGAAGCUAUUAAAUCAUGUCUGGAGUGUCAGACUUCAUACUGCGAUGUUCAUCUGGCGCCUCAUCACCGAGCCCCUGGACUGAAGAGACACACGCUGGUUGAACCUGUGGAGAGCCUGGAGGGGCAGAUCUGUAAGGAGCAUAAUAAGCUGCUGGUGUUGUUCUGUAGAGACGACAGCAUUGUGCUGUGUGACGUCUGCUCCAGCUCACACCACAAGGAGCACAACGUUGUUCCCGUGCAGCAGGCGUAUGACGAGAUGAAGCAUCUGCUAGAGUACACUGAGGCUAAAGUGCAGCAGAUGAUCCAGGAAAGGCUCCAGAAGGUCAUAAAAGUGAAGGAAUCAGUGAAGCGAAGCAAGACAGAAAGCGAAGAGGUGAUUGCCAGCAGCGUGCAGGACUUAACAGAGCUGGUGUCUGAGAUUCAGAAGAGUCAGGUGGAGGUCAUCACGGUCAUCGAGGAGAAGCAAAAAACAGUAGAAGAACAGGCAGGUGGGUUCAUUUGCGAUAUAGAGCAGGAUAUCGCAGAGCUGCAGAGAACGACUGUGAAGCUGAGGGAGCUAAAACAGACUAAGGAUCAGCUUAAUUUUCUCCAACAUUACCCAGACUCCUCUGUCCUGCCUCACACUGCAGACCUGUCCACAUUCAGCUCUAACCCACACCUGGAGAUGCAACGCGUAGGCGAGUCUUUGAGAAAAUCUGUGUCCCAGCUGCGAGCACUGCUGAAUAAGAUGAACACAGAAUUAGAAAAAUUGCGCAACAACUCGCACGUGUCAAAUGAGGCCACGCUCAGAUACAUGCAGCAGUACGAAGUGAACGUCCUGCUCGAUCCGGACACGGCCCACCCUCUGCUCGUGUUAUCUGAAGACAGGAAAGAGGUGCGAUACAGCAUGCGCUCAGGUAGGUGGGCAAACCAAAUGCCAAACCCAAACAUGUUCACUGAGCAUCUUGCAGUUGUGGGAAACACUGGCUUCUCAUCCCGCAAGUUUUAUUUUGAGGUUUAUGUGGGUCGAAAGACUGAGUGGUGUCUGGGCGUAGCCGCGGAGUCAGUCCAGAGGAGAGGGUCACUUGGUCGGCAUUCACACAGUGGGCUGUGGGCCAUCUGGUUCCUGGAAAAUAAGUUUGAAACCUUCAACUCUCCGGACGAGCCGGUACACUUUGGGAAAGUGGAGCGGGUCGGGGUGUUUGUGGAUUAUGACAGAGGUCAAAUAUCAUUCUGGGACAUAAAGACUGUAACACUUAUUUACUCUUUCACUGAGUGCUUCUUUACCGAAGAUAUCUAUCCAUACUUUAAUCCCUGCGACAAUGAAUUUGGUUCUAAUCUGGAUCCAAUGAUAAUUGUUCCUGUUGGUGGAAGAGAGUCAACGGAGGCUUCAGAGAGUCUGCUUUUGAGUCAAAUAUGUAAUUUUGAAUGAAUGUGCCUUACAUUUAAAGAUAUUUUUCUAGAAUGAAGACUGUUUCACAUAAUAAUAUUGCCUUUAAUAGUUAUUAAUCUUUGAGAGAAUGUGAAUGGGUAAGAUUUUUUUGUUGUUGUUGUUGCCAAAAGCUUAUCCCACUACAUUUUUUUCUGUUUCUUUUGUUUGUUAUUGACUGCUUCGAAAUCUUAUUAUGAAAACUAGAUCAACAAUUUCACAAUAUUUCAGCCCUUGAUCACACUGUCUUUAAACAUUUAGCAAAAUUGAUAAUAAACAACAGAUACACCUCAGUAAACGUUACCUUGUUUUGCUAUUUGACAAUAAGGUGAAAUCAAUUAAAGCCAAUGAUAUUCAGCUGAUGUAUCCUUGCUCUACUGCUUAAAAUAUUAAAUAUAUGAAAUACAGUGCUGGGCAGAAGUCUAGAGCAACCCCUCAUUUCUUUACAUUAUGUUAAGAAAUUGGUAAAUAUGUGCAGCGAUUUAUUAAAACGAGCGCACACUUAUAUGGAAAUGCGGUACAUAAGGCAAAAGCAGGGUUUACACAAUUCUAAUGAGCUUGAAAGUCAGUAGUUGUAUGACCACCUCUCUCUGAGGCAGCUUUCUUGUCAUUUCUUUAAGCAGUCUUCAGGAAUAGUUCUCCAGGCUUCUUGAAGGAAAUUCUAGGCUGUUCUUUGGAUGUUGGCUGCUUUUUGUUCCGUUCUCUGUGAAGAUGAUCCCACACUGCUUCAGUAAUGUUGUCCAGGUUCCUUUAUUAAGGACAAACUGUACAGCAUACCAAGAUAUGAAAAGUUUUCAACUAACAGCUCCUCUGGAAUCACCUUGUUGGUCAUUUAUAAGAAAGUCUGGCUCCUUGCGAGGCAAAAUAUAAAGAAAUAAGGGGAUACUUUCAGAAAGUACUGAUGUGCAUUUAAUGACUAAUCACUUAUUUAUUAUCACAGUUUUUAUAUAAUAAUUAAAUUAUUUUGUCUAUUAGACUUCACACACAUUGCCAAGCAGCACCAUGACUUCAGGGUGAUGACUUCAGCAUCAUCUUCUAACCAGGCAGCAAACAAUAAACACUAAUUUAUUAAAUUAAACUUGUUUUUUUGAGCUUCUGCAUAUGGUGACGUAUUGAAAGGCUCUAGGUUUUUAGCUGCAUCAACUCUUUGUGCAUGGAAGGUAUUUUAGCAUGUCAGUGAAGUAAAAAAAUGGGUAAAUGAUAAAAUGACUGAAUGCAAAUCUGCUUCAGUUUAACUGUGAACAGAGUGAAGCUGGUUAUAAGAGUGUUACAUGUGAUUUCAAGUCAAAAUAUGAAUUCACCAGGUGUACUUGUAACCAACAUAAAAGUGUGAGGGGAGUCAGUAAAGCAGUGAAAGGAAUAAAAAGAUGCUGAAUUCUUAUAAGUCAUGAGUAGAUGCACACUGUUCUUCUGCAAAGUGAUGAGGUUGGCAAGUGUAGUAUGGGAGGAAAAAAAUGUUUGUGGGAAAAAAAAUGUUCAUGCUGUGCAGUGUAUUUGUUGUUUUUUGCAUGUGUGUGAUGUAUUUUGGGCUGUUUCAGCACUGCUAAGUGUAUGCCACUUAGUUCUUUAAUAUUCAACAGAAGACAUACAUCUCUACACCUGGUAUCUCGAAAAGAGAACAAGUCAACCCAGAACAAUCUUAAUGGAUAAAUAGUCCCGCAGGUCAGAGAAAAACAUUAAUUACUGAAUUAGGUGUGAACUUGUGUAAUUUUGACACACUUGCAUAUGUCUGAUUAAAAAAUAAAAUCAAUUCAAUUUUAUUUAUAUAGCACCAAAUCACAACAAAUGUCACCUCAAGGUGCUUUAUAUACUGUAAGGUAAAGACCCUACAAUAAUACUGAGAAAACCC